UGCAGUGCACGCGAGUUCUACACACACAGGCGCGCGCUGUCUGUUUGAAUUGUGCUGGACACCGGAGGAACCGUUGACCGGCGUGGUUAGAGCUCGCGCGUUACAAACUGAAGAUAACAUCACGCGCAAGAACAUUCCUAAGGGGUCUCCUUUAUCCCUGUAGACAGUCGCGUGCGAACCGAAGACGUUUUAGACUGGUGUUUGAGAACCCAUGUGUUUUGUCUAGUGGACAGCGAGCUUUGUGAGAAGCGGUUUAUUAGCAAGAGACAAAAACAUGGCCUCGGACGAGCUGUCAACGAAGCUUCACCGGCGCCUGCAGAUUGAAGAGGGCGCGGAGGAGCCGCACGCCGUGGACGAGGGUCGCGAGAACGGCGCGCACGAGAAAACGACCACGGCCAACGCCGACUCAGAGCUGGGAGCAAAACUGCAGCGGCGCGGCGAGCUGAACGAGGGAGUGGGCGAUCACCAGCAGCCCAGCAUGAAGGUCUUCAACCCGUACACCGAGUUCAAGGAGUUCUCCAGGAAGCAGAUUAAAGACAUGGAGAAAAUGUUUAAGCAAUAUGACUCUGAGAAGGAUAAUUACAUUGACCUAAUGGAGCUGAAGCUGAUGAUGGAGAAGCUCGGUGCUCCACAGACUCACAUGGGCCUGAAGAAUAUGAUCAAAGAGGUAGACGAAGACUUGGACGGCAAACUGAACUUCAGAGAGUUCCUCCUGAUCUUUAGGAAGGCAGCAGCAGGGGAGCUGGCCGAGGACAGCGGGUUGUGUGUCUUAGCUCGUCUGUCUGAAAUUGACGUGUCCACUGAGGGUGUGAAAGGAGCCAAGUCUUUCUUUGAAGCCAAAGUCCAUGCCAUUAACGAGUCAAACCGUUUCGAGGCGGAGAUCCGUAACGAGCAGGAGGAGAAGAAACGGCAGGCAGAGGAGAAGAAACAGAGACAAGCGGCAUUCAAAAAUCUUCAGUCAGCCUUCAAAUGACCACCCACCAGUUCUAUUAGAGCUCUGCUUUAACCUUCCUCAUCUUCCUCAUGUUUGUGUCAGUUUCAUGUUUAUCAAAACACCAUAGCAGAGAUACUAUGCAAUGAUUAAUUUUUUUUUUUUAAUAUAGAGGUUUUCAUUCCAGCUUCACUUCCUUAGUGAGUAAUCAUAGUGGCAGUUUUAAGCUUGCAGUGAUUUCUUAGAUCCUCACUCUUCGUCUCUCUCUUGAUUUUGAAAUUGGUGUUGCCUAAGGAUGUGACUCUUUGCACUGGACUGGGUGUGUCACUUGCCUAAUUGAUAUAGUUUAACACACCUUUUUGCAUGUAUGUGAGGGCUUUCUAUUUCAACUUCAGUAUCAUAGUAUUCCUUAGUAAAAUAAGCAAUGCACAGGGUGACUUUUUAUUUUAAAGGGAAUUUUUUUUUUAUGAUUUUAAGCUGUUGGUUCCUAUUUGAGCAUCCAGUCCAUUGUGAUCCUCUGUAUUCAGCGUCAUGCAUUGUGACUAGGCUUAAUGGUAUCCUUGGUAAUUGGGUUCGCACAAAACUAAACACAAAAGCCUUGCCUAAAAGAGUUCUCUAUUUUUACACUGUCGCUUGGAAAAGGAGUCUGAGAACAUGCAUGUUUGUUCUGCUGUGUUGGAUUCUAUUUUAUUUUUGUAUGUUCUUUUUGAAAGAAAACUGUGAUGCCCUGACAAUCUUCCCCUUCAAAGGAUCUCUAACAUCAGUUUCUGUUGCUUUAUCAAUGAUGAGGAGUCUCUUGCUCACAAACCCCCUGCACACAAACAUUUCCAUCCUCAUUGAUGCCUUUUAUUAGUUCUCAUUAUUGUUUAUCUAGCCAGUCUUUGUAAAAAGUAAAAAAAAAAAAACACCAUAGUAUUUUUUCACACGCCAUCAAUACGCUGUUGUCUGUUUUGUAUCAGACAUGUUCAUACCUUUUGUGUACGUUUUAACCAAGAUGCUCUCAACAGUGCAAAGUUCAACAUUCAUCUCCUCUUUAUAAAUGCAUGCACUAACUCUUUAGUGUCAGGUGCCUGUGUGUGUGCGCACACUAUAGCCAGUAAACAGCUUUAUGCAUUUGUAAAUGUUGAAAUGUAAUCUGGUGCUGGCAUUAUAAUAGUCGUUUACUUCUCUCAGCAAAACCCUUUAGAGUGUGUUUGAAAAUAUACUCUAACAUUGCAGCAAGUAGAUUUUUAUUUUUCUGCAUAGUGUGUAACAUCAGAAUGGCAAAUACGUUUUUAAUAACUUUGAUUCUGCAAAUAUUUUACUAUGGACAAAAAGGGCACAUUGUUGUAGACCAAAUUCAUGCUUCCAUUUGGAUGCUUUUAAAUCAUAAAUGGAUUUCAUUUGUUUGUCAUUUAAAGAUAAAACGUGUGUGAGUCACAGCACAUUUUAGCACAGGGAUGUGUAAAGAGUCAAAUAUUUUUUUUUUUCCAGAAAUAAACUGCAUUUAGUUUUGUAUAGUGAGGGGCCUUUUAAAAAUGUUUGUCUCCUUAAAAUUCCAUAAUUUGUUUGCCAAAUUGUCUCCCUUCACAAUGUCAGCUGUUUCUUACAAAGUGUUGUUCUAUGAUUUAAAUUUGAGAAUUUCUGUACUUUUAAUUUUUGAGGGAGUGGCCUGUUAUGCAUCCUGUUUUGUUCCUGUUAAGGAUAUUGUAUUUGGAGUCAUUGGCAGGCUGUGAUGAUUUGUAUUAUGAAUAAGCAAAUAGGUGCAUGACUAUGUUUUAAAGCUUUAUAGACUUUAAAUGUAUUUGAGUGUUCUGCAGAUUAAAUGUGGGGUUUGAGCAAAUAA